UUGGUAUAUAAAGGGUGCGUGAAAGGGAGAGCUUCAGUCACUUAUCCAGCUUCCGUAACCGAGCCGUCACCAUGAGAACUAUCUGCUGUUACGUACUGUUGCUAACUUCAGCGCUAGCGUUAGCGAACCCCGGCGGUGGAUAUGGCGGCGGAUAUGGCGGAGGCUACGGCGGAGGUGGAGGAAAGAAAGGAGGCUACGGCGGUGGCGGAGGAAAGAAAGGCGGCCGCCGACACCACGGCCAAAAAUCGCUUAUAAUCUUGCCACAGCCUCAUCCAGUUCACUAUCCUGUGCAUGUCCCCGUAAUUCAAAAAGUUCACGUACCCCAGCCGUACCCCGUGGUCCAGAAAGUCGAGGUUCCAGUGGAAGUUGUCAAGUACGUCGAAGUUCCCGUAGUGAAAACCGUCAAAGUCCCGGUGCCGGUACACGUGGAACACAAAGGAUACAAAGGUGGUUUCUCCAGUAAAGGACAUGGAGGUGGAUAUGGAGAUUUCCACAAGGGCGGAGACUUCCACAGCGGGGGAUUUGGAGGUGGAUAUGGAGAUUUUCACAAGGGCGGGGACUUCCACAGCGGAGGAUUUGGAGGUGGAUAUGGAGGAGGCCACAUCCACGGACAUUGAUUGUUGUUGAGUCCACGGUGGAUACGGACAUUGAUUGUUAUUGAGUGAUUUUUUUUGUUAACAGGUCGAACGAUUCCAUGUCUCACGAAAAUUGAUUGAUUACGAAUAAAUAUAUUUUAGUA